AUGGCACACGCCACAUUUUACGGAGGCUCAGAUGCCUCCGGCACAAUGGGUGGAGCGUGCGGGUAUGGUAACUUGUAUGGCCAGGGUUACGGUACAAGCACCGCAGCCCUCAGUACCAACCUCUUCAACAAGGGCUUGAGUUGCGGUGCUUGCUAUCAAAUGAGGUGCUAUGGCGACCCCAAAUGGUGCAGGCAGGGCAGCAUCACCGUCACUGCCACCAACUUCUGCCCUCCCAAUUAUGCACUCGCCUCCAACAAUGGCGGCUGGUGCAACCCGCCACGUCAGCAUUUUGACCUAGCCGAGCCUGCCUUCUUAAGAAUCGCCCAAUAUCGAGCAGGAAUAGUUCCCAUCGUAUACAAGAGGGUCCCGUGCGUGAAGAAAGGAGGGAUUAGGUUUACGAUGAACGGUCACCCGUAUUUCAACUUGGUCCUCGUAACGAAUGUAGGUGGGGCCGGUGACAUACACAGCGUGUGGAUUAAGGGUUCGAGCACCUGGCAGCCCAUGACCCGAAACUGGGGGCAAAAUUGGCAGAGCCACUCGUAUCUCAACGGUCAGACUCUCUCGUUCAGAGUCACCGCUAGCGAUGGCCAAACCCUGACAGCCAACCGUGUCGCACCCAACAACUGGCAGUUCGGAAAAACCUACGAGGGUCCACAAUUUUAG